UCUUUUAAUUUCUAGUACUAUGCACGUUACAUACGGUGGUUAAUUAAGAAGAAAAGCAAAACGUUAUCAGUCUGUUGAAAAUUUCGAAGAAAAAGAAAGAGCUGUACACCCGAAAACAACAAGUUUAUAGAGUAAUUAUAAUAUUCCAUAUUAUUAAUUAUGGAGGGAAAUAAGGAGGACGCGAUAAAAUGUUACAGAAUCGCCAGAGCCGCUUUCGAUUCCGGAGAUUACAGUAAAGCACGAAAGUUUGCGAAUAAAUCUUCAAGGCUCUACCCAACCAAGAACAAUUCUGAUUUACUGAACAAGAUCACAGAUGUUCAUACUAACAGAGCUAAGGAGAAUAAAAAAGCAAGCAAUGGGACCAUGCCGGACUUUUCAACGCUUCAUGGAAGUAGUGCCAGCAACGAAAACAAGCCCACGGCCCCAACUUUUACUGCUGAACAAAUGAAUUUAGUAAAACGUAUUAACAGUUGCAAAGACUAUUAUGAUAUUCUUGGUGUUUCAAAAGAAGCUUCGGAAGUGGAACUGAAAAAAGCUUACCGAAAAAUGGCUCUGCAGCUUCAUCCUGAUAAAAACACAGCUCCUGGUGCUACAGAUGCAUUUAAAGCAGUUGGAAAAGCCUUUUCUGUUCUAAAUGAUUCUGAAAAGAGGCAUCAGUAUGAUUUGUAUGGACCAGAAGGUCUCAGUUCUGUAAGAAGUCGGCGACGAAACAGUAGUUCAGAUGAAUAUGAAAAUGAUAACGCAGAGUUCGAUCCACAGGAGUUGUUUAAUAUGUUUUUCGGAGGGCAAUUUCCAAACGGAAACGUUCGUAUAUUUAGACGCGGUAACACCUAUUAUUAUGGCAGAAAUGAAAAUCGCAGACGGGCAGAAAAUCACCAACGCAGGCAUCAUGAACCACAAACUAAUUUUGGUGCAAUGAUGCAGCUUCUACCUCUUCUCAUUCUCUUUAUUGUCUCCUUAAUGAGCAAUAUGUUGAUUUCCGAUCCAGUCUAUAGCCUCAAGUAUGGUGGCGAGUACACUCUGCAUCAACAGACACGGAAUUUUGGUGUAGAGUUUUACGUCAAGCAAGAUUUUACAAAACAUUAUAAAAAAGGAAGUGUUUCGCUGCGGCAACUUGAAGAAACUGUUGAAUCGGAUUACAUUGAACAAUUAAGAAACAUGUGUUACCAAGAGAGAGUAAACAAAGAAAAUUUGCGCAGAAAAGGAGUAUAUUUUGGUAGCACAGACAUGAUUAAAAAGGCAGAAGCUUACCCAACUAGGUCAUGCAAUAAACUUGAAGAAUUAUUUAAACGAUCACCAUAAAAAUCUAAAAUAGUUGGACAUUUCUUCAAAUAACUGAAUUAUUUAAUGGGCCAACUGCCUCUUAUGCUGUUUAGUUUGUACAACAGCAGUAUAACAUACAUAUAAAUUUUCAUGCCAUUUUCAUAUGGUAUAGUAGGUGGGGGAAGACGGACACUUUUAUUACAUAAUAUCCAAAUAUCCUGUUCCUGUUCUAAACAAUUAACAAGGGUCUAUGGUAGUCGUAAUGAAACGGUUUUAUAAUUCUUUGAUUACUACUUCCUUUUUCUCCCACCCUACAAUACAUUGCAAAUUAAUAAUGCCUAGGAAAUUGGAAAGUGUAAUGAGACUUAGCUAGAGACUGUAGCAUGACCCUGUGAGGUUGAAUGUUGUAUGUUUUACUUGUUGUUGUUAUAUGUUUACUGCAACUUGCAACUCAAAUUAACAUUUUAUGUGCACAUGUUUUAUUUUUGUAACAAUUGCGCCUUUUUCUUUAACAAGCUGUUUGGGUAAAACUAAAAAUAUUUUACAAACCGAUCAAAUUUCUAAUUAGGAAAUAUAUAUUUUACUUUCUAAUAAAUUAAUUAUAAGUUAUAAUAAAUAAAUAAUACACAUUUUAGGAUUUAUUUCAUAUGCAAAUCCAUAUUAUCUAUCAAUUUGUUUCCAUAUGUUGUUUAGUAUUUGUACUUGUGCUAAUUUUUUAUCAAUAGUCUGUUAAAUAAUUAAACAUAAUAAUGAAUAAAUAAAAUAUGAUCAGUUGGUUUUCAUUAUACCAACUAUUAUUUAUUUUGAAGUUAUGUUUAAAAUUAGCAAUUAAUAGCAGUCAUAGUUAUGCAACAGAAAGUUCAUUCAUUAUAAUGGUCUUUUUCACAACAAAGAUACUUAAUAUCUUGUUGCUAAACUGUGUUAGUUUAAAUAUAUUUUAUUCUAAUACAUUUAUUCCUAAUUGAAAUAUAACGUUAGUCACUGAACAUUUUCGCAUGUUAAAGGGUUUAAAAUAUACUACUCAAAUUUAUUGAAUGUUUGUUUAAUUUUAGUUAAAUUUUCUUGCACCAAACAUUCAGUAUUUUAUUUUUGAUUUUAUUUAUUUGCAAAUUAAUUGUAAUUCAAUGUUGUCGUGUGUGAUAAAAAAUAAAUUCAAAUAAAAAGAAGUAAAAAAAUGCAGAGCAGUU